GACUUUUUUCGCCCACGCCAAUUCCUCCAUAAUUCAUGGGUUCCAUUUUACCAUUAUUAAUACUUAUCAUUUUUCCUUGGACGUUCACCGUCGGUGCAAAAGACAUUUCUUACAAGGAGCAAUGGUUCCGGACAAAGGUGGACCACUUCGCUUUCCACAAUAACAAGACCUUCAAGUUACGCUAUCUAAUGAACGACGAGUACUGGGAUCGUGAUGGUGGACCCAUUUUCAUUUACACCGGUAACGAGGACAAUAUCGAAGGGUUCGCUGAGGCCACGGGUGCCUUGUGGGAGUGGGCCCCCGAAUUCGGGGCCCUCGUUGUCUUUGUGGAGCACAGGUUCUUCGGCAAGUCCCUGCCGUUCGGCAACAGGUCCUUCGAGAGUCCUGAGAAGCUCGGGUACCUGACGAGUGACCAGGCCUUGGCCGACUACGCUGACCUCAUCAUUCACCUGAAGUACACUCUGCCCGGAGCCGAGAAGAGCGCAGUCAUCGCAAUCGGUGGAUCCUAUGGAGGUUUGCUGGCUGCCUGGAUGAGGCUUAAGUUCCCGCACCUUGUUGAUGGAGCACUGUCAUCAGGUGGUCCAUUCAACAUGCCACCAGGUCUCGUUCCGUGCUCGACGUACAGUGAAGCAGUCACCAAUGCCUACAAAAGCGUGUCUGAGCAGUGCGUCACCGCCAUACGCAAUUCCUGGCCUGUUAUGGAGAGACUUGCUUACACAGAGGCAGGGGCAAGGCAUCUGCAGGAGAAAUUCAAGACGUGUCAGCCGUUACAUCCGAGCAACUAUACACUAUUCAGGGACAUGCUGCGAGACACAUAUGGCGUAGUGGCGAUGGUAAAUUACCCUGAGGAAUCUGAGCUGGUUGGCGCACUUCCAGCCAAUCCUGUCAAGGAGAUCUGCAAACACUUCAUGAAUGCACCCAGGACGGCGCAUGGAUUGGUAGACGGCGCUGCAGCCGCAAUGUCGAUGUUUACUGCCGCAGGUAAAGGACUGCCAUGUCUGGAUGUUUUCCUGUACGAAAGAAACCUCGCAAGCUAUCAGUUCCUGAAAUGCAACGAACUGAUGCAGCCUUUUUGCGGCAAUGGCGUGAGUGACAUGUUCUACCCGUACACGUGGAAUGCUACGGCCGAACGAGAAAGGUGCGAGAAGAAGUUCGGCAUUACGCCGGAUUUCUACAGGACCAUCAUGAUGUACGGAGGGAGCAAGUUCAGCACGGCGACGAACAUCAUCUUCAGCAACGGGGAGCUGGACCCUUGGUCAGCAUUGGGCGUUCUGGAGCCUCCAAAUGAUGACGUCGUCGUGAUCGUGAUCCCCGGUGUGGCACAUCACGUGGACCUACGCUUCGCUUCUCCGUCGGAUUCGCGAGCCGUGAAGCGAGCCAGGGUCGUCGAGAAGAACUACAUACGCCAGUGGAUUUCCCAGGCUGAUGCGCGGUCACAACGAAAGAAGAACGAGCCAAAGGAGCUUCGGGUUAUCAAUAUGAAAAACGAGAACAGCUUCUUCAAGGCAUACAGGGUUUAG